UCUUACUUUUCCAUCAUCUCAACUCAACUCAAUUCACAGCAUUUCCCACAACAUCUUUCUUAUAUUUCAUACUUCGUUUUUUUUCUCAAUACAAAACCCAAAUGGCGUCUCUUAACAUUAGCAUGAUCUUCACUCUUAUUCUCACAAUUUCUCUACUUCAUCUCAUUUCAGCAAGAAAACUCACUGAAUCAGACCAACAACUUCUAAAAUUUCAAUACCACAAAGGUCCUCUUCUAACAGGUAAAAUCUCCAUAAACCUUAUUUGGUAUGGAAAAUUCAAACCAUCCCAAAGAGCCAUCAUCACUGAUUUCAUAACAUCCCUCUCUUCUACCAAACAAACAACCACAUCACAACCAUCCGUUGCCACAUGGUGGAAAUCAACUGAGAAAUACUACCACCUCACCAACAAGAAAUCAGCUAAUCUGGCUCUCUCCCUGGGUGCUCAAAUUCUCGACGAGAAUUACUCAUUAGGAAAGUCUCUCUCAACUAACCAAAUCAUUAAACUUGCAUCCAAAGGACAACAACAAAACGCCAUCAACAUUGUUCUAACAGCUGCCGACGUGGCAGUUGAUGGUUUCUGUUCAAGUAGGUGUGGAACACACGGUUCUUCUAACAGUGGGCGGGUGAAUGGAAAACAACAUAAAUUCACAUACAUUUGGGUUGGAAACUCUGAAACUCAAUGUGCUGGUCAGUGUGCGUGGCCAUUUCACCAACCAAUUUACGGUCCACAAAGUUCACCAUUGGUUGCACCAAACAAUGAUGUUGGUCUCGAUGGAAUGGUUAUAAAUGUUGCUAGUCUUUUAGCUGGAACAGUAACAAACCCUUUUGGAAAUGGAUAUUAUCAAGGACCAAAAGAGGCUCCAUUGGAAGCAUCUUCAGCGUGUACUGGUGUUUAUGCAAAAGGGGCAUAUCCAGGUUAUGCAGGAGAUGUAUUGGUGGACAAAACAAGUGGUGCUAGUUACAAUGCAAAUGGUGUUAAUGGAAGAAAGUAUUUGUUGCCUGCCAUUGUUGACCCUAUAACGUCAGCUUGUUCUACGUUAGUAUAAUGAAAUACAUGGUUUUCUUAGUUGUUAGGCAUUGAGAGAUUCUUUUAUUUGUUCAUUCAUUCAAUUCAUUUGUUAUAACGUCAAUAAUAUUAUAGAAAUAUAAAUUGAGUUUAUUA